AUGUCGGCACGUUUCUUCAAGCGCCGGAGGAUGUCGUCGAUUGCUUCCGGCUCCCAGACGCACACUACUACUGCUGAGGAUGACUUGUCGGCAGAAGGCGAUCGAGCCACGACUUCAUCAUACGACGGCAAUGCCAGCAAUACAAGACGACAGAGGGCCCUCUCUUCAUCGACCGCUUCUGGACCGUGCACGUCGAGCUUGCCGAGCAGGUCUUAUAUUCACAAUGUGAAUCAUUCGAAUCAGGAUGUGCAGUACUCGUCGUCUGGAGUCCGACAGCAGACCGCCGAGCUGUCGUCUUCGUUUCUGGACGACUCGGAGAUGUCGAAGCAUUUUGGUGAUCGAUACGAUGAGAGUGCUCUGGGGGCGCAACGACCGGAGCCGAUUGCAGAACGCUCGGAGCCUGCCACGCCGAAUGAGGAAUUGGGUCCUCGUGGAUCUUUUGAUGCAUCUACGAUUGCUGGCGCUAGUGACGCUUUAUUGAUCUACAACGAAGAUAGUCACAGCCCUUCACCUGGUCUGGGCGGUCGACGGCGAACGUCAGCUUCGAGGGUCCCGGAAGUUGUCGUCACUAACGAGGACGGUGAUAUGGGCGAGACGACUCCCUUACUACCCCGUGCGCGGUUAUCGUCCCCCCGAAAACAGAGAUACGACGCUGGCGGAGACCUCGAAUCCCAGCCGAAACAAGCACCUCACCAAGGCAUCUGGAAUCGACUGGGCCACCACUAUCCCUCAUUCCGGGCGAUCAGGCGUGUUGUCGAUGUGGCGAGCAAUCCCAAACGAUGGGACAUGCGGCAAGUGGCGAGCACGGUGGUGUACAAGCCCGUCAAGGCGCUGCCCUCAGUGUUCUUGGGUCUGCUGCUGAACUUGCUGGACGCACUGUCGUAUGGCAUCAUCUUGUUCCCGCUUGGAGAAGAUGUCUUUUCUGAGAUGGGCGCGGAUGGCGUGUCGAUGUUCUAUGUGAGCUGUAUUGUCUCGCAGUUGGUGUACUCGAGUGGGAGUAUCUUUCGAGGGGGUGUUGGGUCGGAGAUGAUCGAGGUUGUACCCUUCUUUCACAAGAUGACCUACAUGAUCAUCAGCAUUAUGGGCACAGACAACCCGGACGCCCUGCGAGCCACGGUCAUCACGUCUUACGCCAUGAGCUCCAUCUUGACGGGAGUCAUCUUCUUCGCUUUGGGAGCUGCGCGCCUUGGGACUCUCGUCAACUUCUUCCCGCACUCGAUCCUUGUUGGCUGUAUUGGUGGCGUGGGUAUCUUCUUAUUCCUGACUGGAGUCGAGGUUUCUGUUCGUUUAGACGGCAACCUGGAUUUCACAAAGGAGGUCCUGAUGAAGCUCAUCGCCCCUAUGAGUCUGGCUCAAUGGCUGCCUCCACUGGCACUGGCCAUCAUCCUACUCAUCGUCAAACGAUACUACGACAAGCCUUUCCUCGUCCCGGCAUACUACAUCGGCAUCACCGUCAUAUUCUACAUAGUCGUUGCUGCCGUACCCUCGCUCAGCGUCGAGGGUCUCCGCAGUUCAGGCUGGGUUUUCGAGGCGCCCGCAGCCGACAAGACCUUCUACAACUUCUACAGCUACUACAAGUUCAGCUUGGUGAACUGGAAAGCCGUGGCGAUGACGAUUCCGUCGCAGUUCGCGCUGACGCUUUUUGGGAUUCUGCAUGUGCCGAUUAACAUCCCUAACCUGGCGAUGAAGAUGCAGGAGGAUAAUGUCAGUAUCAAUCGGGAGCUUGUCUUGCACGGGAUUUCGAAUUCGCUAUCCGGAUGUGUGGGGAGUAUUCAGAACUAUCUCGUCUACGUCAACAGCGUGCUGUUCAUGGACACUGGAGGCGAUAGUCGAUUGGCUGGAUAUCUGUUGGCGGCUGCUACUGCUGGACUCUGGAUUGCUGGACCGAUCGUCAUUGGAUAUGUACCGGUCAUUGUGGUUGGGACGCUGAUCUAUUACCUUGGAAUUGAUCUGGCCAAAGAAGCGCUUGUGGAUACUUAUGGCCGACUACAUCGAUUGGAGUACUUCACCAUCGUUGUCAUCGCCUUGGUCAUGGGGAUUUACGACUUUGUCGUUGGAGUUGCUGUUGGAAUUGGGCUGGCUUGUCUGGUAUACGUUGUCCAAACAUCGCGAAAGACAGUCAUUCGAGCACAAUUCUCUGGCGAGAUUGCGGAAUCAACCGUUCGUCGCCAUCCUCGACAGCGUGAUUACUUGCACCGCGUUGGACCUCAAAUCCGGAUUGUCAAGCUGGGUGGAUAUCUCUUCUUUGGCAGCAUCGUCAACGUCGAGAAGACGGUGCGAGCUCUGAUCGACGCAGAGGCUUUUGCUGCAUCGCCGAUUCGAUACCUCAUCCUAGACUUCUCGCACGUCACCGGAGUAGACUUCUCAGCCGCUGAGGGAUUCGGUCGAAUGUAUAGGAUUCUGAGAAGAAGAGACGUCGAGAUGGUGCUUGCAGGCGUCAACCUCGACGACGAAGUCGGCCGCAGUCUGAAGAUGGACGGUCUCUUCGAAGAAACCGACGAAGACCCACCAACACCACCCCCAAAAGUCUACGAAGACCUCAACGGCGCCCUCGAAGCCUGCGAAAACGCCCUCCUCGUCACCCUCACCGAAAAGCAACAAUCCGGCCUCACGGGCGGCGGCGACUCCCCACCCAUGCCUAUCCCCUCGGAACCGCCCAAACGCGCCCAAAUCACCGACCUCGAAACCCUCUUCGGCUCCCCCCGCACCAACCUCCGCCACCGCGCCGCGACUGAAACCAUCGUCGAGCAAGGCGGCCACCCGGAACGCACCAAAUGGCAAAACCUCAAACAACCCCUCCCGCUCCUCCUGCAGGCCUUCGAGAACUUCACCACCCUCCACACCGAGGACUUCUGGUUCCGUGCGGUCCCCUACUUCUCCCGGCGCGAGUUCGCGAAGGGCCAACAACUCUACGCGCGCCACGACAAGCCCGACGGCUUCUACCUCCUGCAAUCCGGGAUUCUCCGCGCCGAGUACUCGCUUGAGCAGGGGAAUUACCACGAGAGCAUCGUGGCGGGGACGACGUGCGGGGAGCUGCCGUUCUUCAGCGAGACGGAGCGGACGUGCAGUGUGCUCGCGGAGACGGAUUGUGUCGCGUGGUGUUUGACGCCGGAGCAGUGGGGGGUGCUGCAGGAGAGGGAUGUGGAGGUGGCGAAUGAGUUGUUGAAGGUCGGGUUGAAGUUGAGUGCGGAGCGGAUGAAUGCUAUUACUAGUUAUGUUUUGAUUACGGCGAGUUAG